AUGGAGAGCAUUUACCAGGAGCCGAAGGUUGAAGAUGAGAUGUAUCCGCCUAAGUUGGAAGAACACUUCCUUGAUCCCAAGGAAGAGUCUCUACCGGAAACUUACGACCGGAAGACAGACGAGACAGAGUACGAACAGCAAAUGGACCUCACUAUACCUCGACCCGGGCCGAUGCCUAACAGACCUCCCACCAAGUUCAUUAGCGUCACCAGUUCAGCCUUAACCGAGGAACAGAGAGCGAUGUACGAAUCAGUUCUCUCUACAUGGAAACCGAUAAUGUUCCCGAAACGAACGAAACGAUACAUAUGUAUGAAGUGCAAUAAAGAAUUCAAGAAUUACCAGAAUCUUUACCUCCACACAACCAGAGUACAUUCGUCAGAAGAGUCGGCUGUCAUUUGUGAUAUUUGCGAUAAGACAUUCAAGAACAAACACUAUUUAUACAUGCAUAGGAUGAACAAACAUUACUCUGAUUCAGAGAAGUGUUACUGCCAGUUCUGCCUCCAAGAGUUCAGGACGAGGAGAGCUCUCCACAUGCACAUAAAGAGGAUACAUCCGAACACUCUCCCCGAAAUAAAGUGUCCCGAAUGCGGCAAGGAGUUCGCCGUGCCGUAUAAGCUACGGUAUCACAUAGAAAACUGCCACCGGCCGGACAAAGAGAAGUACAAGUGCCACAUCUGCCAGAAAUUAUACAAGAGCCACCUCAACCUGAACAGACACCUGCAUUUCCAGCACUCGCAAGUCGAAAGACAUCCAUGCGUGUUCUGUCCAAUGACCUUUAAAUCCCGCCAUCACAUGAAACGCCACAUCCUCAACAUACAUCCGCCUCUAGAGUCCAAAGUCACUUGCCCCGAAUGCUUAAAGGAAUUCAAGAACGACCAGUACCUAAAAGAACACAUGCAGGUCCACACGUCCAUGGAGAAGAAGGUCAAAUGCGACUUGUGCGAUAAAUUCUUUCACUCUGCCGUACGUCUGAAGAAACAUAAGAAGAUCGUACAUCCGAACAAACCGAAAAUAAGAUGCGAAAAGUGUAAUAAAGAGUUCGCCCACGCUCAUUACUUGAGACGGCAUAACAACUCAGUGCACGUAGAAGUAGACGAGAGCAAUUACCAGCACGAAUGCGAGCAGUGCGGGAAGAAGUUUAAAAUAAAGAGAUAUCUGAACAAUCAUCUUCAGAGGCACGAGCAGCAGCACCUGAAGAGGAUCUCGCAAAUGGUGAAGACGGUCAUGGACGACGGAGAGACCGCGGAGAAGACCAAGAAGAGGGGUAGACCGAGGAAGACCAGGAAGGAGAUCGAGUUUAUCAAGUGCGAGCCGGUCACCAGCAGCGACGAUGACCUGGACAGCGGCUCGGACAGCGAGUAG